CAAGGGUGUGUGUGCGGAAACUGACAGGUAGAGAGCGUCGCUGCCUGUCUCUCCAUGCAGCGCACACUUCUAACCACUCACCGCACUACCCUGAUUUAUUCCCUCGAUAUGAGCCUUCAACCACCGACUGUCCAGAGGGGGUUCGGUACUGACGGUGGACGGCGUGGCUGCGAAAAAACGGGAAACUAGUUAGGUCUGGGAAAUCAUACCCCCAUCGCCCGGCUUCCGGGGAUUCAGGGCUUGCAACGGCAGACGUCGGUGUUCGGGGAAGAAGGACAAACACCCGUCAUCAUUUCGACUAUUCACCUCUUGAGCAGCCGCUUCCCGACUGGAGCAUUUUUUCGAGAUGUCCAGGAAGCUCCAAAGGACGGAGGUCUGCGCCGACUGCAGCGCUCCAGACCCGGGCUGGACCAGCAUCAACCGAGGGGUUCUUAUCUGUGAUGAGUGCUGCUCGGUCCACCGCAGUCUGGGCCGACACAUCUCCAUCGUGAAACACCUGCGGCACAGCGGCUGGCCCCCUGCACUGCUCCAGAUGGUGCAGACCCUGGCCAGUAAUGGGGCUAACUCCAUAUGGGAGCACAGUCUGCUGGACCCUGCUCAGGUGCAGAGCGGCCGUAGGAAACCCAACCCCCAGGACAAAGUCCAUCCCACCAAGUCUGAGUUCAUCAGAUCCAAGUACCAGAUGCUGUCCUUCGUCCACAAGCUUCCCUGCCGCGACGACGACGGCGUCACAACCAAGGACCUCAGCAAGCAACUCCACUCCAGCGUGCGGACAGGGAGCUUGGAGACGUGUCUGAGGCUGCUCUCCCUCGGAGCCCAGGCCAACUUCUUCCACCCGGAGAAAGGCACCACACCCCUCCACGUGGCAGCAAAGGCGGGCCAGAUCCUGCAGGCAGAGCUGCUGGUGGUGUACGGGGCGGACCCCGGCGCGCCCGACCUCCACGGGCGCACGCCCAUGGACUUCGCCAGGCAAGCAGGCCAGAUCGAGCUGGCAGAGCGGCUGGUGGAGUGCCAAUACGAGCUGACUGACAGGCUGGCCUUCUACCUGUGUGGCCGACGCCCAGAUCACAAGAAUGGCCACUAUAUCAUUCCACAGAUGGCAGACAGGGCUCGUCCUAAGUGCCCAACACAGAGCCUGGACCUCUCUGAACUGGCCAAGGCUGCCAAGAAGAAGCUGCAGGCGCUGAACAACAGGCUGUUUGAGGAGCUGGCCAUGGAUGUCUAUGAUGAGGUGGAUCGCAGAGAGAACGAUGCCGUGUGGCUGACGACUCAGAACCACAGCACCCUGGUCACAGAACGCAGCGCGGUGCCUUUCCUACCGGUCAACCCCGAGUACUCCGCCACACGGAACCAGGGUCGUCAGAAGUUGGCCCGAUUCAACGCGCGAGAGUUUGCCACGCUCAUCAUCGACAUCCUGAGCGACGCCAAGAGGAGACAGCAGGGGAAGGGUCUCAGCAGCCCCACUGACCCACUGGACCUGGGCAUCGACGACGACGACGACCAGCACGACUACGACAGCGUGGCCUCCGACGAAGACACGGACAGCGAGCUGACCGCCCAGAACAACAACAAUACCCAGCGCAACAACCGAGCCAAGAGCAUGGACUCGUCAGACCUGUCGGACGGCCCCAUCACCCUGCAGGAGUACCUGGAGGUGAAGAAGGCCCUGGCCUCCUCAGAAGCCAAGGUCCAGCAGCUGAUGAAGGUCAACAACAACCUGAGUGAAGAGCUCCGGAGACUCCAAAAGGAGAUCACACGGAUGCAGACGGAGAACAGUUCGCUGCGGGUGGGCCAGCAGGCUGGGGGGCCCGCCGGCCACGGGGGUCCGGGUGGUGGCGGAGGAGGCCACUGGUCUGGGGGUGGGACCAAGGCAGGGUUAGGAGGAGGAGGAGGUGGUGGAGGUGGUGGAGGGAUGGGCGGUGUAGGGUCCGGCGGGGACCCCGCAGGGCUUUACUCCCAACCCCACCCCCACCGGAGGGACCGCCAGGCCUUCUCCAUGUACGAGCCCGGGGCCGCCCCUGGCCCCAAGGCACACGGCCCCCCAGCCCUGGACGCUCAUCUAGCCCGCCUGCAGCCCCUCAACACAGCUAGCACAAGGAAGGUCCCUGGUGGUCCUUCACCCUAUGGGGGUCAUCACCUGUCUGCCUCCUCAGAGAUAGGCAGCAGAUACACGGGCUCCAGGUUGGAGAGGCACGGCAGCGGUACGGACAGCGACUACGACAACACGCAGGUCUACGACGUGUCCCUGAGCAUGGGUCGCAGCAGCGAGGACGACGGGCGCGGGGACUCUGAAGAGGGUGGGGCGGGCGACGCAGCGGAGCCCGACCCCACCCUGCCGUGCACGGAGGACGUCAUCCUGAAGACGGAGCAGGUGACCAAGAACAUCCAGGAGCUGCUGAGGGCCGCGCAGGAGGGGAAACACGACAGCUUUGUCCCGUGCUCAGAGAAGAUCCACUCUGCCGUCACUGAGAUGGCCUCGCUCUUCCCAAAACGUCCGGCCCUGGAGGCGGUCCACUGCUCCCUGCGGCUUCUGGCCUCCAGCGCCUCCCGGCUGCAGGUGGAGUGCCGCAAGGCGGCCCCCGUGGACCCAGGGGCCCCGGCCGUGGACUACCAGCUCCUCACGCAGCAGGUCAUCCAGUGCGCUUAUGACAUUGCCAAGGCUGCCAAGCAGCUGGUCACCAUCACCACCCGGGAGAAGAAGCAGUGACACGCGCAUGGGGAGAGAGUGAGAGAGAGAGAGAGAGAGAGAGACAGAGUGAGGGAGAGUGAGUGAGAGAGAGAGAGAAAGAGAGAGAGAGAGAGAGGAGGUAGGGGGUGUGAGGGGAUGGACAGAUAGACGGCUGGAGUGGGUGUGAGGGAGGACAGGUGCAUGAUUACAAGGUGCGGGUCCAGAGGCAGACUGGAGGAGACGCGAUGGAGGACCGAGAGGGGACUGAUGUAGAGGGCGCUACAUGGAGGGAGGGGGUUGGGGGGACGAGAAAGCCAAAGGAAAGAGCCAGAAGAGUCCCUGUGAAGAGAUGUAGAAAUAUUUUGACCAAGUCAGAAACAGGGGAGCGAGAGAGCUGGGGGCCGGGGGGUUCCUAUUGAGGCGCCAGCGUUUGCAAUGGUGGGUGAAUGUUGUUGCGGUGGACCCCGGGAGUGGCGCGCACCAUACCGCCUCGAACCGCCAUGGGAGAACACGGCAUACACUCAAUUCAGAGCAACGUGAUUGGUCCAACGCAGAUCUUUUUAUUUAUUUAAUUGCUUUUCCCUCUGCAAUCCCUCUGCAACCACACACACAGACACACACACAUACACACCCUGGGAUAAAUACACCAUAUCCUCCCAUUUAGGACCUCGAGAGGAAUAUGCCUCCUCUUCUCUCUUUGUCUCUGUCUCCAGUGAAUUGAGUGCAGCAGAAACAAGUCCUUCUCUAUGCUCUUGACCCGCUGUCCAGACAGGAUGUGGCAGGGUUUCUUUGCACAUCGUGAAGCCCCCCCCUCCCACUUUAACGACCAGAAUCAAUGGAUUCUCCAGAUCUCCCCCGCCCUCCCCCUUGGUAGAGGGAACACAGCAUAACGGCCAUAUUCCUCAUUUUACUAUUCCUUUGAUUCUUUUCGACUUUUAAUUUUGUUAUUUUUUCUUUUCUUUUGUUUUGUCCAGAUCACUAAGGACAGCAAAAUUACUGACUUGUAAAAAGAAAAAAAAAACACUUACACUGGAAUAAUUUUUGCUUUAUUGUUGUUUCUCAUGCCUUUUUUCUUUUUGUAUUGUUGAUGUUCCUACAUUUGUUUUCAUGAUUUAACCGUUUUUUUGGUUUAAUUUUAUUGACUCGGCUAUGAUCCUAAAUCAGCAGAAACGGACACACACACACACACUAACCUGUGAAGCCCUCCUGGACACUUCCCAAGCACUCUUUCUUUUCCGAGUGACAGAUGAGUAUUAUGUUUCUAUUGAUUUGUAUUUUCUGUUGUCAUGUUUCUUCCGUGCCACAUUGGGAUGUUUCAAUGGCCAAUGGAGUUGAACGGUUGCCUGAGCUUGGAUCUCACUAUUGUUUGUUUUCAGUUUGACACAUUAUGACACACCGCCCCUAGGGGCAUCAAUUCUCCUUACCUUUUACAAUUUUAUUUUCGGGGUGUGCACUUGGUUCACCACACAAACCUGCCUGACCUAACAGGACCAGUGGGGUCAUCUCAGUCCAACCCACCCGGCCUCCCCUCGUCCCAGCGCUGUGUUUCAGACCAGAAUGCCAGUUACAGUGAACGGACUAAACAGAAAAAGCUCUGGGGAAGAUAGACACAGAGAGACGGCUUGCGUGCUUCAGCAUGCACGCAUCUCCAGUCGGCGCUGAACACUGCAGCCUUGUAUUGCAUGUUUUCAGUGAAUGUUCAGCCACACAGUAGACCGGUACACUACAGUAGUGAGCUGCUAUAUUAGCUUCAUUAUAGACUGGGUCCAUGUCCUUGAAACCCACUGAUGACGUCUGAUUUUACGGCUUUAUUAUGAAAGAGAUGGAGAGCGUCUCAACAUGCCCACUGGCAGACCAUUGUUUUCACAUGUUUCAAAUGCUUCAACUGCUCAGGCUGGUUAGCCUUCUUACUUUCUAGUGUCGCAAUCAAAGGGCACGCUCCAUCAAGCUAGGUUUGUUUUUGGGUUGCUCGGCACAGAAGGAAGUGUACUGUUGAUCAGGGCCCUCCCGGUAGUCCCGCCCACCCGGUCAUCUCUAACCUCUGCCAAUGGGAGACGGUAUCGGGAGCUCAAUAUUUCCCAAACAAUGUGUUUUGUUCGUUUUCUCUUUUAAAUUAAAGGCUCAGCACUUAGCCUCACACGGGGUCAACGAUCGCCGUCACUUCUGUUACCGGCCGUAAAGGGUCCAAUCGAUCUGCCUACGGGGGACGUCGUCCUCUGAGGAACUGUCCUACUCUGAACCCAUGCUUCUAGUUGGCCUGCGGGUGUUUUUACUUCUCCGAGGGCCGAUUCCCUUAAGUGGUCCGUGGCACAGUAGGAUCGCUUCAGUUCUUUGCGUCGGGCGCCUCGCUACACUAUCUGUGUAUUUGCUUUGUUCAUGCAACUAUACAGGGGACCACAAGAGCCAGUGGGCUGUUUCUCAGUCUGGUCUCUCACACACACACACACACACACACACACACACACACACACACACACACACACACACACACACACACACACACACACACACACACACACACACACACACACACACACACACACACACACACACACACACACACACACACACACACACCUUGUUACAGGGUGUCGGACGAAUCGAUUUGUCGGCUUAUUGGUUGUCGGCCCUUAUUCCCGAGUCGAUACAAAUCAUGCGUAAGAGACUGUAGUGAAAUGCAACGUUAUUGGGUUUGCCUUUGCACAUCAUCAUCUCCUGUUCGACUGGCUCGGCUCCAGCCAUGUUGUACCGUCUGCUGUAAGAGACACACACACACACGCACAGGUGCACAAACAUACUAAACACACUAAACACACACAGCGGGGCCAGUGGCCAGCUGUCAUUUAGCGUCGCCCGAGUUCUAGACUAGAGCCAUAUAUAUGUAUAUGGAUAUAUGAACCUGUUUUUCAUGAUAUAUUUUAUAUUAAGCUAUAUGUUAGGAUUAUGUUUGUAAGAUAUUUAUGUCUAAAGAGUGUUUUGCCAAGGCUCCAGGCAGUGGGAUCUCGGCACCCGUUCUCCAGUCAAACAGUGGACCCAGGCAGCCAUGCAUUUGAUCGUCUAGCGCGUGUGUGCGUUUAAUAUUGCCUUUGCCCUCUGCCAUCUCGUCCCCUAGUUGCAUUUUUGUACAUUGAGCAUUAAAAUGACUUUUUUUCUUUUUUUACAAUGGAACAAUUCAUUCUGCGCAUGAAACUGGCAUGAACAAAGCAGAGAGGUAGCGGCCUCUGUGCGCUUGGGAUCAUUUCUUACUGUCGAGGGGUUUGAUAAAUACACUACUAAGAAACAUUUUGGGCGACGUACAUGCCCGACACUUUAAUUUCUGUGCGUUUUGUUCUCCGCCGUGCAAAGGACACGGGGCGCGUAGCGCUGGGCCUUUGGGAUCAGAGCAGGAGGGAAUGUCCGAAGCACAUUCAGGUAUCGCUCUACAAUCAUCUCAGUCAGCGGUAGGGGGAGGCCAUCCUGCACAGGGUCUGGACCCCCCCCAAAACACCUUAGUGGACACUACGUAGGGUGCCCCAAAGGAGGAGAAUGUUAUGUUUUGCUUGUGGCACGCCCAAUGUCUCGCACACUUGCUACACAAAGAACGCAGACUAGAGCGCAAAACAUACAUUCUCUUUCUCACACACACACACACACACACACACACACACACACACACACACACACACACACACACACACACACACACACACACACACACACACA